GGGCUGCAGUCGCCGCCGUCGGGCUCCGAAGCCAGCCGGACGCUGAGCCCUCCACCGCUUCCCUCCUCUGCCCCCCCGCUCGCCGGCUGCACCAUGAACAGAAGCAGCGGCGCCACGUCUUGCCCUCCGACGGUCCCCGGCGACGGCCACAGCAGCGGGCACGGGCGCCGGGUCUGUAGCAACUGCCGGAAAGUCCUGAGGCAGGAAAAGAAAAUCAGAGUAUCUCUGCCUUUAACAAGAGGACCAAGUGCCUUUAUACCAGAGAAGGAUGUUAUGCAAGCCAAUAGUUUGAAUGAACGUAUGCAUCUGCUGGUGGAAGAAUAUUCUACAUCCGGUCGCCUAGACAAUGUCACUCAGGUCAUGAGUUUACACAUUCAGUACCUGGAGUCUUUUCUCCGCAGUCAAUUUUAUAUGUUGCGUGUGGAUGGUCCUCUUCCUUUGCCCUACCGGCACUACAUAGCAAUCAUGGCUGCUGCCAGGCACCAGUGUUCCUAUCUAAUAAAUAUACACGUGGAAGAGUUCCUGAAGACUGGAGGGAUACCAGAAUGGCUGAACGGCUUAGAAUACAUUCCUCAAAGGCUGAAAAAUCUGAACGAAAUCAACAAGCUGCUUGCACACCGACCAUGGCUGGUUUCCAAAGAGCACAUUCAGAAACUUGUGAAGACAGGGGAAAAUAAUUGGUCUCUUCCUGAACUGGUGCAUGCUGUGGUCCUUUUGGCACAUUAUCACUCCCUGGCAAGUUUUGUUUUUGGCAGUGGCAUCAAUCCCGAGAGAGAUUUUGGGACCUCCAACGGCUAUCGCCUCAUAUCAGUUAACCACUUCUGCGUCUGUGAUCUCGCCAAUGACAACAACAUUGAAAACGCAGCCCUCAAAAGUAACAGCUUUGGGCUCUCCGAUUCAUUAAGUGAGCUGGAGGCCUUGAUGGACAGAAUGAAGAGGCUGCAAGAGGAGGACGAGGCUUCCCCAGAAGAAAUGGAUACACGCUUUGAGAAAGAAAAAUCAGAGAGCCUACUAGUUGUUACUGAAGCGUUCGAUGACGAAUUAAUUUCCGUGGGUGAUGUUUCCUGCUAUGUUGAAGACCCCGGGUUUGGUUACAAAGAUUUUGCAAGACGGGGAGAAGAUCAUCUUCCAACAUUUCGAGCCCAGGACUACACUUGGGAAAAUCAUGGAUUCUCCCUUGUGAACAGACUGUAUUCUGAUAUUGGCCACCUCCUGGACGAGAAAUUUCGGAUGGUCUACAACCUCACCUACAAUACCAUGGCCAGCCAUGAAGAUGUUGACACCACUAUGUUAAGAAGAGCUUUAUUUAAUUACGUUCACUGUAUGUUUGGAAUCAGAUACGAUGACUAUGAUUAUGGCGAAGUUAAUCAACUACUUGAACGGAACCUGAAGAUUUACAUUAAGACCGUGACCUGCUACCCAGAGAGAACUACCAAGCGCAUGUAUGACAGCUACUGGCGCCAGUUCAAGCACUCAGAAAAAGUCCACGUGAAUCUUCUCCUGAUGGAGGCUCGCAUGCAGGCUGAGCUGCUCUACGCCUUCCGUGCCAUCACCCGUCACUUGACCUGACGGGCCCAACGUGGUCGUAGGAGCCAAGCUUCCAAAUGAGACGAGCAGUAAAAUGCUCCCCUUUUUGGGGUGGCAUCAGGCCUAUUGGAUUCCGUAGUGUUGAAAGCUGAAGCUGUGUGUCUGGCAGCUGUUUACCGUGCAAUGAUCUCUCGCUUUUUUUCUCUGUCCCGUCUAUCUCUUUCUUGAUGCUUAACUUUACUAGCAAUCGCAAAGAUAACACUUGUGGAAUGCUUCUCCUGAAGCGGUUUCCCGUUGAAGUAUUGCUCGCAAACUCCUAAGCUGGUUUGCUAUCUCUGAUCCUUUGCUGUGUGUUUUUUUUCUUCCCCUCGCGCUAUAGUUAUAGUUGAGGUUCCAACUAUCGCACCCGGCCUCUCCUGUAGACGGUAUCGUGCAGGGGAUUUGUCUUGUCUCUUCUCCCCUCUUUCUUUCAGCUCUUUCUGGAAUAUUAACAUGCCGUUUCCCUUAAUACGGUGUACGCUACGUUUCAAGCUGAAUUGCUCAGUUAGCUUGUUCUCGCAUAACUCCCAAGAAAUGUUAAUUCUUCGGCGGUAGUUUGGAGGUCGUGUGGAAAUGAAUGCAACUAUUGUGUUUGCCUUUUUUUUUUUAAAGAAAAAUGUGAAAGCAACCGCGGCAAACCCCCGCGGCAUGCUACUGACAACCCGGCAUUGGAAGACUGUUUUCCUGAAUGCAGUGGUUCUUCCCCUAUCCAUUUCAACUGUACUGGUUCAGGGACGGCCUACCCUCUUUGGCCCCUAUGAUUGUGUCACUUUCUGCCUCUUCCGGUAUGUUGGAGGAUCUUGGCAACCCAGGUUCAGCAACUCAGUUUUAACUUUGGCAUGUGGGGACUUUUUUAUUUUAUUUUUUUUUAACCUAGUCACUUUGUAACUUUUAACUGGUGCACGGAUCAGGCAGUACAAGUUCAACACGCACUGCUUGAUCAAAAGGAAAAAGAGACCUACACAAAGUUAAGUUGGUUGGGUCCAAAUUGGAAAGUUUGUGUUAACUCAUAUCGCCGGAGAGUUGAGGCCAGCCCUGCUUUUUUUCUCCUCUUCAGUUUCUCCAACCUUGUACACCUGAAGCAUGGAUUCUUUUGCUGAUCUGUAGCAGUUUCCCUGAAAGUUUCAUGUUAUGCUGCCUUCCCGUUGGGUGAGAUCGUUGUUCCGUCUCAUCCGUUAUUGUGCUUUCUGGUUGGCGGUUGCUCCACUAGAAUCUCAAGGCGGGCCUCUCGAAAUUCCCUUGUACAACUUGAGAUCGUUUCUCUUGAGAUGCCACCCACCCCUUCCACAAGCAGGGAAAGUGCUUUCGUGAAGUUACAUCUUUCUUCCAUUGCUGUUUCUUUUUAAAAAAAAAAAAAAAACCCUAUAUAUAUAGAAGAGUAAUGACGGUGGUGUUGAUUCAAACUUUUAAGAAAUUUGAUUCCUCUCGUAUUUCCCUGAGUGAUAGUGUCAGAGCAGGUUUUUAUAUAUACAUAUAUAUAUAUAAUCUAUAUUUUAAAGCUAUGAAUCAUGUUUCUGUGUGUUGUCAUGAGUGAACAAAGGAAGUGCAAUAUUUGAGCAGAAAGGCAAGGUUUCCCCGCCCCCCCCCUAACAAAUUUCCUGCUGAAAAGUCCUGUUCAGAAGAGCCGGGGAACAUCAGUUCCCAAACAUUGUUCCUAACCUCGGCUUGCUUGCCUUGAACAAUCACCUAUUCCCACAUUGCCAAAGCCGCUUAUUAAAACAAAACUGGGGCAGAGCCCAGAUCCCCAUUUGUUUCUGUGGAGCCUCGGUUCCUUCCAAUGGAGACGCCAGGUUGGGUUUCCCGAGAAGCGACUGUGGCAAAAGUGCCACAGCCGCUUCGGAGAAGUGGUACCCAUUGGUGGCUGGCCUUUUUUGAGGGAAAUAUGUGAAUUGCCAAAAAAAAAUAAAUAAAAAAAAAAUUAAAAAGAUCCCAUUUCUGUGGUGCUUGAGCACACACUCUUUGCAGUUUUAGAGCACAAGUUAUCUGCAUUUUUAAUAGCUUUAAGUGUGUUAAUGUUGCGUUUCAGCAAAGUGCCUGAAUACUGACCCACGGAAGCAGUGACUUUUCAGUGAUGGGCUUAUGCCAGGGAACGUUAGUCAUAACUAAGUCCCAUUGAAAUCUAAGCUGCUUUGGCCCAACUGUGACUGUCUUGUCAAAGUUGACAACUUGCCCACUGCCUUCGAGUGGACUUAAUCUCCCAAUAAAUCUUUAAGCACUGACCAACAUUUUGACAACAAAGAUUGUCAGUUGUGACUUAACUUCGGCUCGACUUGGUUUGAUGUAGAUUCUUCCCUCACCCACCCACUCACUCACCUUCCCCUUUCCUGGCUUAAGACUGACUCCAGUUUGUUUUUCUGCACUUUGGAAAUGAACGAAAUGGGUUUUCUAAACGAGCUGUAGAAAACAAAAUAGAAUCGUUCAAAAAAAAAAAAAGUGAAAGAUUUUCAUAAUGGCUU